AUGGUGACAAGACCUCUACUUACUACCGAAUCGAUUAUACUAGAAAGUCAGGAGUCUGCACGUGUACAACAAGGUGCUACAGUGGUGCUAAGUAUUAGUCACUUUCCAGGUAUCACGUUUAUACCGACACCAAUUUUACCAAGAAAACCUCGAAGACAGUCUAUUUUAGAAACUCUUGGAACAGAAAAUGAAAAUGUAGAAAAUGUCCCAAAGCAAAUCACACCAAGAUCUCCUGAAGGUCUUGUUAUAACUAGAAGAAAAGAGUCACUGCUAAGUGUUUUACGUGGUGAAGGUUUUAAGACUAUUAGGGCAACACGAUAUGAAACAGUAAUAGCCAUGGCCAACAUGGCCAUAGUAAACUGUCAAAUAAAUGGAAGAAAUGCACUUAAUCUUAAGGGCUUUUUUCUUCUGAAAUGUCCAGACUUAACACCUUUGGCUUUUCAAUUAAUAUAUCUUGAUUUAUCAUUUAAUGAUCUUCGUGACUUUCCCAUGGAAAUAUUGUGUCUCAAAAAUUUACAGAUACUGAAACUGAGAAAUAAUCCUAUCAAAGUAAUUCCCUUUGAAAUUCAACAAAUUAAGUUCCUUAGGAUUUUCAUCAUUGCCUUUAAUUUGAUUACUGAUCUUCCACAUGGGUUAUUUUUACUGACCCAUCUUGAGGAACUUGAUAUUUCCUACAAUGAUAUUACUUCUAUUCCAAGUGAAAUCCAGAAACUCAGAUCACUUGAAAAACUGAACAUCGAUGGAAAUGAACUGACUUCUUUACCAUCUGCAAUUCUGAAGCUUAACCUGACAAAAAUCUCCUGUGAGAAUAAUUUCAUUCAUCCUAGUUUUUGGAAAGAGAAUUCUUUGAAUAGUCCACAGCGACUUACUCAAAUUACGUCUUGGUUCAUUGUCAGAAAUAAUCUGCAUAAAUUUUAUGAUGCAAUCCCUGCAAAAGUUCAAAAGUUACUAAAAUGCACAUCCAAGUGUGAAUGGUGUCAUGGUCCCAAGUUUGGGAAAGGUUUUCGUGUCAUCCGAUCUUGUGAUAUUUUCGGAGCAUCACAGCUUCCUGUUAUGUUUCAUGUUUGUUCCUCUUCUUGCUAUAGAAAUGUAAAGAAAAGCACUUAUAUUCCUGAUGUUAUUCCUGAUAAAAGAAUACCUCUAAAUUUGGAGUUGAGAGAAGGAUGAUAGUACAACGAUUUAUCGUUCCCACUGUAAAAGCCAAUAAAGUUUAUAUGUGUAGUAAUUUAUCUAUUUGAGAGUAUAGGUUCUGUAU